AUGUCGUGCCGCUCCUUCCAGCAGGGCUCCAGAUGUGGCAGCCAGAGCUUCAGCUCGUGCUCAGCCAUCCUCCCCCGGAUGGUCACCCACUACGCAGUGAACCAGGGGCCGUGCCGGUCUGUGGGCAGCAGGGGCCCCCGCGCCCUGGGCUGCCUUGGCUCCCGGAGCCUGUGCGACGUGGGCUUUGGGAGGCCCCGGGUCGCCUCCAGGUGUGGCCUGCCUGGCUUCAGGUACCGAGUGGGUGGCGCCUGCAGGCCUUCUGCAUGCAUCACCCCCGUCACCAUCAAUGAGAGCCUGCUGGCCCCACUCGAGCUGGAGAUCGAUCCGACCGUGCAAAGGGUGAAGAUGGACGCGAAGGAGCAGAUCAAGUGCCUAAAUGACCGCUUUGCAUCCUUCAUCAACAAGGUCCGGUUCCUAGAGCAGAAGAACAAGCUGCUGGAGACCAAGUGGAACUUCAUGCAGCAGCAGAGGAGCUGCCCGAGCAACAUCGAGCCCAUCUUCAAGACCUACAUCUGUGCCCUUCGGAGGCAGCUGGACUGCGUGACCAGGGACCGGGCCCGGCUGGAGUCCGAGCUCUCCAGCCUCCAGGACACAUUGGAGGCCUACAAGAAAAAAUAUGAAGAGGAGCUCUCCUUGCGGCCCUCUGCUGAGAAAGAGCUUGUUGCCUUGAAGAAGGAUGUGGACACGGCCUUCCUGAUGAAGGCUGACCUGGAGACCAAUAUGGAGGCUCUGAUCCAGGAGAUUGACUUCCUGAAAAGCCUAUAUGCAGAGGAGGUCAGCAUGCUCCAGUCUCAGGUCUCAGAGACCUCAGUCAUCGUGAAGAUGGACAACAGCCGGGAGCUGGACACGGACGACGUCAUUGCCCAGAUCAAGGCGCAAUAUGACGAAAUCGCCAGCCGCAGCAAAGCGGAAGUGGAGGCCUGGUACCAGAGCCGGUAUAAGGAGCUGCAGCUGACAGCCGGGAACCACUGCGACAACCUCCGCAACAGCAAGAACGAGAUCCUGGAAAUAAACAAGCCGAUCGAGUGGCUGCAGCAAGACAUUGAGAACGUCAAAGCCCAGCGCUGCAAACUGGAGGCCGCCGUGGCCGAGGCGGAGCAGCAGGGCGAGGCGGCCCUUAAUGAUGCCAAAUGCAAGCUGGCGGGGCUGGAGGAGGCCCUGCAGAAGGCCAAGCAGGACAUGGCCUGCCUGCUGAAGCAGUACCAGGAGGUGAUGAACUCCAAGCUGGGCCUGGACAUCGAGAGCGCCACCUACAGGCGCCUGCUGGAGGGCGAGGAGCACAGGCUGUGUGAAGGCGUUGGGCCCGUGAAUAUCUCCGUGAGCAGCUCCAAAGGUGCCAUCCUCUAUGAGCCGUGUGUGGUCAGCACACCCAUGGGCACCAGUGUCCAUAAAAGCAGCGGGGCCUGCAGCUUCGUGGGCAUGGGUGAACUCUACACCCCCUGCGAGCCCCAGGGGCUCCUGGGCUGUGGAAGCAGGCAGAGCUCCAGCAUGAAGCUCGGGGCUGGGGGCGGCUCCUCCUGCCACAAGUAUUAG